AUGGAAGAUUUGAGGAGAUACUUGGAGAGGCAAGAGCGAGAAACAAAUGAGAGAAGUCGUAGACGAGCUGAAAGGCAAAGGUUGCAGAGAGAAGAAGAUGAACAAGUUGUCAUAGCAGUGGCUUUGCUAGAUGAAGAGAACCAAGGUCGCCGCCGCCGUGGUUCACAAGUCGGCCGUGGCCUGAAUGUGGACAUACAUAGACAUUCUCGGGUCUUCAACAAUGUUUUGAGAGGCCAAGGCCCUAAUAUCACCUAUCAAGUCAACAACACAGUCUACCAGACGGGGUAUCAUCUAGCUGACGACAUCUACCCGAGGUGGACCACAUUUGUCAAAUCCAAUCUGAAUCCCCGAUCCCAGAAGCAAAAAUUAUUUGCUUCCUAUCAAGAAGGAUACAGGAAAGAUGUCGAAAGGUGUUUUGGCAUCCUUCAAGCUCGAUGGUUGAUUAUUCGAGGUGCAGCCCAUAUGUUUGAUGAGGAGAUCCUCAGAAGCAUUAUGAUGACUUGCAUCAUCCUCCUUAAUAUGAUUGUGGAGGAUGAGUAUGAUUUCGAUGUUGCAGAGGUUUACAAACCGGAUCCCAUGAACACAGCCUUGACACGAAUUCAUGAAAGGCCCAUGGGCCAAAUGGAGAACCAUUUGAGCUGA